GUGCAAUUUGAAAUCUUCCAUUAAUUGAAGUUUAGCACUUGAGCUUUCUCAAUCCUGUAAAAAUGGUGGAACUGGACGAGAGCAAGUUUGAUAUGCACUUGAAAUUAUGGGCGCUUCGAAUUCCACGAGAACAUUGUAAGGCUGCCAUGAAAAUACUCGACGGGCAUUUAUUUGACAGGCCACGCGUAAAGCCUAUCACUGAGGACCCAACAAAUGAAAAAACCCGUUACAUGAUUUUCUCAGAAAAAGUAAAAACCCCAGACUUGUCUGAUAUUCCUGCUCAAAAGCUUGCUGAACUGAAAGGCCUGUGUCAGUUUGAAGUUGCUCCCUAUUCACUGUCACUUGGCUAUUCUUAUUGGAGUGCAGAUCAUAUAUUAAAGCAGAUCCUGCCCCCUGGCCUUGAAGUACCAUCAUCAUUUGAGACAAUAGGUCACAUUGCUCAUUUGAAUAUAACUGAUGAUCUUCUUCCUUACAAGAAUGUGAUUGCCAAAGUUAUUUAUGAUAAAAACUAUCCCAGGAUCCAGACAGUUGUAAAUAAAGUUGGAACCAUUACCAAUGAAUUUCGUGUGCCAAAAUUUGAGAUACUGGCUGGGAAAGAUGAUAUGGUCACAGAAGUGAAGCAAUAUGGAGCAACUUUCAAGCUUGAUUAUAGCUUGGUGUAUUGGAAUUCUAGACUGGAACAUGAGCAUAUAAGGCUGGUCUCAAAGUUCCAGGCAGGGGAGACCGUAUGUGAUAUGUUUGCUGGCAUUGGUCCUUUUGCUAUUCCCGCUGCACAGAAAGGAUGUGCGGUUUAUGCAAACGAUUUGAAUCCAGAUAGCAUUCGUUAUCUCAAAACUAAUGCUGAAAUCAGCAAGGUUGAUCAUCUAGUUUUCCCAUACAAUAUGGAUGCAAGGAAAUUUAUUUCUCAACUCAUUGCUGUACCCUGCAAUGGAAGCAAUGCAGAAGCUGAGAUUGAUUGCUCUGACAAAUUCAGUGGUGAAGCACAUAGGGAGAAACUAUCUGAAGACUAUGAGGUCAAAGAAGUACCUGACGGAACGUCAUGCAACACUGCUGGACUCGGAGACUCAUCUGUGAUAGAAGAUAUGAAUGUGACUUCUGUGAAAAGACAUGCAGAGAGUUCUCAAGAAGAGGGAGAAGGGAGAUCUGCAGUCAAUGAUGGUGUUUGUGUUGCUGGUAGAAGAAAAAGAGGUCCAAAUAAGAGAUUGAAGGGUUCUGAGUCAUUGAACACAAAGCCCUCGGAGCAUGUGGACCAUGUGAUCAUGAACCUACCAGCUUCUGCUCUGGAGUUUCUUGAUGCCUUUAGAGGCCUUAUUAGAAGGAGAUACUGGAAGGGAUCUCUACCCUGGAUUCACUGCUAUUGCUUCAUACGGGCAAGUGAAACAGAAGACUACAUUAUCUCGGUGGCCGAGUCUGCCCUGGGAGCCAAAGUCCAAAACCCUGUAUUUCACAGGGUUAGAGAUGUUGCUCCAAAUAAGGCUAUGUUUUGUUUAAGCUUCAGAUUACCGGAAGAAACAUGCUCUGAUGAUUAGGGUAAACAAUGAUACUCUUCAGGGCGAGAAUCAUGAAACUUAAAUGAAUCUUCGUAGCUGGAUUCCUGUAAACUGGAUUAUUUUUUUUGUAAAAUGCUUAACCUUUAAUUUAACAAAUACUACUUUUUAAAGUGA